UAGCAGCCAGCCUCUUGCCGCGCGUUCUAUUUACGAUUUCCGCACGAAUCCCGAACAGCGAGCGGGCGCUCCGGCACCCCCGAACUUGCAAAGGACUUAAAAAUGGAUCCCGAAAUGUUUCUCGAUGUCGCCAACCAGGUGACAAAGCUCAAAAUGUACCCGUAUUUCGACAUUGCCCACUGUGUAAUCACCUGCCUGUACCUGCGCGAGGACUUGGGAGCCGGUAAGCGAAACCCCGGGUCCGCAGCCCGCGGCUCUUGUACCCUUGAGAGCAUGCUUUCUAUUUUCGCUGGUGGGUUCCUGUCUGCAUUUCUGCUGGGCGAGCCCGUCCUGGGGGCCGUCAAGAACAACCAGCAGGUGCUGCUUGCUACUGCAGUGUGGUAUGCCAUCUUUUACUCGCCUUUUGACAUCGUCUACAAGAUCUGCAAGUUCUUCCCCUGCAAGCUUGUGAUAGCACUGAUGAAGGAGGUCACGCGGUGCAAGAAAGUCCACGACGGAGUCAUGCAUGCCGCCAAGGUGUAUCCCAACAGCUACGUCAUCAUGAUCGUCAUCGGCGUUGUCAAAGGUAACGGGUCAUCAUUUCUCAAAGUCUUCGAGCGUCUACUCCGAGGCUUCUGGACUCCAGGAGCCAUGGAGAUCAUGCAGCCUAGCUUCGCAACCAAAGCAUGCCUGGUGGCCUCAGUGAUCUUCGUCCUGGACAAGAAGACCGAGUUCAUCUCCGCACCCCAUGCGCUUGUCUAUCUGGGCAUUGUCGUAUUCCUGCUCUACUUCAAGCUAUCCGCCAUGCUUCUGGGCAUCCACGACCCAUUCCUGCCAUUUGAGAACCUUUUCUGCGCCGUCUUCCUGGGUGGUGUGUGGGACGCCCUGGGAAGGGCACUCACUUCCAGUCGAGGUGGCGAGGGCAAGGCGGACGCUGCCAAGAACGGAAAGUCCGAAGCCACCAAGAAGAAGGACUGACGACGCAGCCUUCCACCCAUCCCGUGCGUUGUCUUCACUACGAUGUCACCACUUCCCUUCUCCUUUUUUUCUUUGUUCUUUUUAAACAUUUCCUUCAGAGCCACACCAGCGACAAACCAAGGUUGCGUGUGUGUCCAAACAGGGUCUACUGCUGCGCUGACGAGUGCUGCCAAACAGUGGCUCUCAUGGAAGAUAAAGGAGUUUGGAGGGAUUCGUCAAGGAAGGGUUGCGAGAGUGCGUGGCUUGUCUGUGUUUUUUGGGUUCAAUCUGUUGCCGCUCUGUGAUUGUUGAAUAUCCACCCACCUGGGAAUUCGGACAAACUUCCCACCUAAACCCCGCUUUAUUUAUGCAAAAUGCAAGUGACGUUCCAAUGUUCUGCAUUUCGAAAACCAGUGUGCCGCUUGAAGGACAUGUUGCCUGGGUGAGGCAAAAGGAGUGGUUUUUUGUGCUGUUGCGUCGCAGUAUGCCUGUCGCCUAUUUUUAGCAUUUUUUCUUCACUAUACUCUGGGCUAGUCUGUAAUAAAUGACCACAUCCUACAUAUGCUACUUAAUUGGCAUUUACUCAAAUAGGCUUUCCUCGACUGUCAAAAACCCGCAACCAUUGCACUAUCGAUUUCCUUUCACACAUUUGGUACUCUUACUUUUCAAACUGCAUGUCACAUGCAAUGAUGCACAAGACGAUAUUUUGUUCUCCUCGACUGCCAAACUUGCAACCACAGUGUUUAAAAUGAAAGUCUUCUCCUACACUUAUGUAGUUGCAUUUUAUGUGCAAUGAUGCACACAAAAUAGUGUCUUCCGACUGUUAUGCGACCAUAGUAGCUGUAAGCCUUCUUAAGCCAUAUACUUCAUCUUUCCCAUCAACAAUGUGGAUCAGCUAGCUAGCGUUAAACGGCUUAUAGUACGCUACAGGGAAACCAAUCUUCCUUGCUCAUAUAUGAAAUCAACCAUAUCUAUAAGUAUAUAUUUGCAUUACAGCUGAAUCAAAAUGUAAUGUAUUGCCUACGCAUGUUGUUGUGUAUAUGGUGUAACAUACAUGGCAUUGUGCAGUGGACACGAUCUUUAUUAUUUUGCAGUCAACCCAUGUUCUAGUUUUGUGCUCUGAUGUGUUACCUACAUGGUAGGUUUUGGGAUGCAUAUUCAUAUAUAAUAUUUAUUGUCUUAAUUGUUAAUGUACACAAAGAUAUGGUGCAUAUUUAGCAGGUGUGUUUCGAAGUGACGCUACCUAAAUGAAACGGAAAGUGCCAAAACUAUAUAAUGAUAGUGAUGAUGGCAGUGAUUGGUCGGUGGGCCGUAUAAUUUUAAGGUAUCGAGCCAAUAGCUAUGGCGUUCUACUUGUGAGCAGGUUGGCGUGUGUUUAAUUGAACCUGUGGCGUCAAAUGAAAAUUGAUUAAAUACAUGCCAUAUAUAGACUUAGGCACCUGCAAUGGUUACAUGGCAUAGAAUCCUUUACUCUUGAGGAGUAGGUUUGGUAUUUGGUUGGUAGAGACUAUGGAUAGGUGUAGAGUACGUACAUUUACUGGCUACUGUUUUCCAGAGUUCAAACUUCAAGCUGUUGGUCCUCAUAGGGACAAAGGUGCUCGUUUAUACACUUGAAUUGAAUGUGAGAGGGCUCUCAAUGGAGUGCUGACAAGGCUGCUCCUUAAAAGAGUCCGAUUUUUGUUGGCUCUGUGGCCGCCAUAACGACUCCUCUGCUUUUGCCAAGCGGUGCUGCAGAACUUACUCGGAAGCAUUCGCAAGCUCGGCUCCAUCCAUUUUUAAGUCCUUUGAAGAUGUCAGCAACUACACAAAGUGCCAGCGCCGAGAUGAACAAAAAAAAUAUAGAGCAGAGCUAUGCGAAAGCUUGCGGUGAGAAUCGCUCAUGUAAUUGCUCAGCCAUACAAUAAGCAAACGACUUAGACUGUUUACUGAAUUAGCCACUGUUUGUCCUACUGAAAACAUAUAAAACGAUGUAUCCUAUGGCAAUGACACAUGGUAAUGUUUUAAAUACUAGUAUUCGUAGAGCUUUAUGAAACUUAUACACAUUCACUUUGUGAGGAGGCUCUAAAACAAGCUGACAAUAUGGCAGCUCUGAAGCAGCUGUUUUUUUUCUGAACCAUUAAUGAAUGAGCGCAGUGCCCUUAUGCAGGCCAAGUGUGUUUAACCUGGCGAGAGUAACACUGUACACGUACAGUGUCAACAAUCAAUGCUUCAAGGUCAUGAUGUCCAAUCGAUGCGUAUAUUCUAUACGAGUACACUCAAUCUCUGGUUGAUAUGCUAGCAUUGCAUGAUCUCCGUGCAAAAAAAAAAAAAAGUGUAUUGUUGAUAUUUCAAAAUGAAGAUCAGUUGUACUUAUGGUUGUUUAUGUGAACUUGGAAAACCUAGAAGUGAAACUGCUUUUCAAUGACAUUGCAAAAUAUGAAAUUGUUUAUAAUGAUACCAAGCCAUAAAGUUCUUGGCAAACCAUCUCUUACAAACUGUGUCAACCUUAGCACGGAAAACAAUUGAGCGAAUCGUAGUUUAGCUAAAUGCAACAGGCUUCCAUUACAUUGAGAGUUCACAUGUACUGUGAUAGGUCGAUGUAUCGAAACAGGGUGAACACUACGUGCUAUGCUUAAGGUGUUCCUACCCCAAAGAUUGAAGUCACUAGUCCUUUUACCCUGCCCUCGUUAUACCCUAAAAAGUGUUUCAAACAAAGGGACUGUUUUUUGUUUACCAAUCACUUUUCACUGUUGUAGGCUUUGAGAAAGCCAAUAAAUGGAAUAAAGUAUUCACCUUAAUACUGA